CAGGACAGGGAGGGCCGUCCUUAUCCCUGUCCCCCAGGGCCUGACAGUGUGCUGUCCGUUAAUGUUGACUUAAUGUUGGAAGAUUUUUCUGUUGGGUAAAUGCAGACUCAGGGAAGUUCUGACCAGCUCAAGGUCACGGGGCUCGUCACUCCGGAGUCGGGCCUGGAACCUCGGAGACUCGGGGCCCUAGGGGCGCCCGCUCCGGGGCAGAACCGCGCUGAGACGGCGCAACAUCCCAACCACCGCGUGACUCAGGCACGCGCACCGCCGCCCGCCGCUGCCACCGGCGCCCCCGCCCCACCUCGCCCUGGUCUGGAGGGGCUCCCCGAGACCAGGACGGACGCAGCCAUGUCAGAGCUGGUGCCUGAGCCCAGGCCUAAGCCAGCUGUGCCCAUGAAGCCCGUCAGCAUCAACUCCAGCCUUCUGGGCUACAUUGGCAUUGACACCAUCAUCGAGCAGAUGCGCAAGAAGACCAUGAAGACCGGGUUCGACUUUAACGUCAUGGUCGUCGGUACGGAAGGUCAGAGUGGGCUGGGCAAGUCAACGCUAGUCAACACACUCUUCAAAUCCCAGGUGAGCCGCAAGGCCUCCAGCUGGAACCGGGAGGAGAAGAUUCCCAAGACAGUAGAGAUCAAAGCCAUUGGACAUGUGAUAGAGGAAGGUGGUGUCAAGAUGAAGCUGACCGUCAUCGACACCCCAGGCUUUGGAGAUCAGAUCAACAAUGAAAACUGCUGGGAACCCAUUGAGAAGUACAUCAACGAACAGUAUGAGAAGUUCCUGAAGGAGGAGGUGAACAUUGCCAGGAAGAAACGCAUCCCUGACACUCGAGUCCACUGCUGCCUCUAUUUCAUCUCCCCCACGGGACACUCCCUGCGGCCUCUCGAUCUGGAGUUUAUGAAACACCUCAGCAAAGUUGUCAACAUCAUCCCUGUCAUUGCUAAGGCCGACACCAUGACCCUGGAGGAGAAGUCUGAAUUCAAGCAAAGGGUUCGCAAGGAGCUUGAAGUAAAUGGCAUUGAAUUCUACCCCCAGAAGGAGUUUGAUGAGGAUUUGGAGGACAAGACGGAGAAUGACAAAAUCCGGGAGAGCAUGCCUUUCGCGGUGGUGGGAAGUGACAAGGAGUACCAAGUGAACGGCAAGCGGGUCCUCGGCAGAAAAACUCCCUGGGGGAUCAUUGAAGUGGAAAACCUCAACCACUGUGAGUUUGCUCUGCUUCGAGACUUUGUCAUCAGGACCCACCUCCAGGACCUCAAGGAAGUGACACAUAACAUUCACUAUGAGACCUACAGAGCCAAGCGGCUCAAUGACAAUGGAGGCCUCCCUCCGGGAGAAGGCCUCCCGGGCACUGCCCUUGCACCUGUACCAGCCACCCCCUGCCCCACUGCUGAAUGAAGGCCAUUUCAAGUGCUGCUUCUCCCUCCAUUCCUCUCAGCUGGUGUUGCUGCAGGGCCACACCCUUUUCAGAGUUGUGCUUGUCCAGCCCACCUCCACAGCCCCUCUCAGCACAGCACGUGGAAGGGACAGUUGCUUCCUCCAUUUAGCCAACGCCCCUGUCCUCCCAGGGGAAUGGAGUUUUCACCAGCACUGCCCUCCAUCGUCUUUGUCAGCCCAUGUGUAGGAUGAAAGAACGUAUCAAGAGCUUCUUCUGCCCUCCAAGCCCAAACCAGCUACUUGUACCCAUCUCCGGGGGAAAUAACAUUGCUCCCCGUCCAUUCAUCCACAUAAGCUACUCUUGGCUUUCUUACAGGAGCAAGAAAGCAACUUUUCUGCUUGUCAGAUGCAUUGGGGUCAGCUGUGUGAGCCCUGAUGGGGGACGAGGGUGUCUCCUUCAUUGCUUAAAGCUUAUUUAUAAGAUCGGUCACUACUGAUGUGGUGGAGCAAGGCCUAGGAUUCCGUUUUUUUUAAUUGCAACUUGUGACUGGCCCAGAGUAUGGUUUCACACUCUUCCCGCCCCAUAACGUAGCCACUUAGGAGGAGUGGUUUUCCAUAAGAGGCAUUUCUGGAGUUCACUUCCUUAUCCUCAGACUUUAAAAAAGAACUACAGACAGACACAAAACUCCAGGAAGCUGUGAUAUGUGAAUUGUAGGAAGUAAAAAUGCACCCUUUUGUCCAUUUAGCAAUAAGAAGGAUCUCUUACCAUCCACCUUGCCUACUCCUACCCCUCACCUCCACCCCGUCAAUGUGAGUAGUGAAUUAGCCUGGCCACAGUUGGUCACUGUAGGCUAGUGGGAAAUACCCAAUGGAGGGAAAAGCCCCCCAUUGGAUGCAUGAAUGUUUGCGAAUGUCGGCUACCACUGCCCCACAAACUGUCUUUAUGGAAUUAUCCCCACCCCAUCCAUCUCCACCUGGACACAACUUGCUCAAAGGCUGGUGACUCAUGGGCCAAUCAUCUACAACCAAAUCCUGAUGGAGCAAGAGGCCCAAGCCUAGGGGAUGCAAGAACGACCCAUUUCUUAAAUGUUACCAGUCCCAGCCAACCUUUUGGUGACAUUAUGGUUAAAUUUCCCAAUUGAAAACAAGCCAAGAGAAAAACUGGUUAUGUAAAUGUUGCUAGACUUUAUGUGUUGUACAACUAAACAUUGCUGUUUGAAUGA